AUGCUUUAUCUAGAGUAGAAACAUAUAAAAGUUAAAAUCAUAGAAAAAGCACAAGCAAUCAUGGUACUUUUCGUAUUAAAAUAAGAAAUUUCUAAUAUCGGAUCAAGAAGCACAUCUGAUAGAUCCAAAUCAAUUGAAAAUUCUCUCAUUGGAGAAGCAUCUAUAAAGUAAAAUCGAACAAAUUACGUCAUAAAAGAAUAAUAGAAGGCCCAUGGUUAAAUAGAUAUGAGAAAAGGUUUUGCAGGGAGAUAUGAUAAAAAUGGUGAAUGGGAGCAUUAUUUACCACCAUUACCUAGCGUUUAAGAUAGAGAAAAGAAACAAAUGGAAUAACUUGUCAAAUUAACUAUAAAAUUUGUUGAUAAAGUGCCUAAGCUCAAACUGAGGCAGAGAUUAAAAUAUUGUAUAUUAGCAAUCAGAGCAUUAGUUAGAUGGAUUAGAUUAGUGCAGUAUUUCAUCCUUAUAUUUUCAAGCUCUCUAAUUUAGAAAAAAAGAUUAAAUUCUGUCAUUUACAAUGACUGUAUAAAGGAAGUAAUUUAUAAUGACUAGAUCAAAGCAAUAAAGUUUAAACAAUGGACUUAAAUGGUUUUUUCAAAAGUAUUUAAUUAGAUCAAAAAAGAGAGGAUAGAUUAAUAUGGUAAUUUAAAUAUUAUUGUAAUUCUAUAAAUUAUUAUUUAGGAUGAUCCUCAUCAAAGUUUAAAUCCUUAAGAAAAAGAUUUGGCCAUCCUUAAAUUAUAACAUCUAAUUAAAUUGAUGCUAGAGGGUUUAAUGCUCAUGACAAAUAAACAGUAUUUCCUAAAAGAAUUAAUUGGAGAGAUGUACAUAUAAUAAUUCGAAGAUUCAAGAAAUUGUUUUUAUUUGUUCACUAGUUUAAGAACAUUAUAUUUAAGAGAUAAAAGAGAUGAAUUACCAUAGAUGUAAAGAGCUAUGAUAUAUUUUGAAUUUAUAAUUAUGAAGAUCAUAAUUCAAAAUAUUCAAAUACUCAUCAAUCAGGAUAAAAUACUUAACAUUGCAAAUAGUACAAUAAGCUUCUUGUUAAAAUUAAUGAUUUCAUUUCUUCAUUAUCUAU